AUGGGAAAUGUACAACCGGGAAUUAGAAUGGUGAUUGGUAUCCAGAGAGAGGAACGGUCAGUGUGGGAAAGAAGAACACCCCUGGCCCCCGUUCAAGUGAAGCGUCUGGUUGCACGUGGUGUUGAUGUAUUAGUUCAACCGUCAGUACACAGAGCGUUUCGUGACCAGGAGUACAGAGACGUCGGCGCCAUAAUAGUGCACGACAACCUCAAUGAGGCAUCCUUGGUACUCGGUAUACAGGGAACUACCCGAGCCCAAAUUGUUCCGAACUCGACUUACGGAUUGUUUUCACACACAAUCAAAGCGCAGGCAGAGAACAUGGCCAUGCUUGAUGCGAUGAUAGAGAAGAAUGUACGUCUUGUUGACUUUGAAAUGAUGAUCAAUAGCGGAGGCGAGAGUUUAGCGGCCACGUUUGAUAGAUUUGCAGGAAUUGCCGGAAUGAUUAAUAUAUUACAUGCACUUGGGCUGCGGUUAUUGGCAUUGGGUUACGACACUCCGUUUUUGAAAAUUGGACUUGCACAUACUUAUAAGAAUUUAAACGAAGCUAAAAUUGCUGUGAGACAAGUCGGUCUGGAAAUAAGUGCUAAUCCUAUACCGAAGAAGAUUGGACCGUUGACGUUUGUAUUUGUAGGAAAGGGUAAUACUUCUAAGGGUGCUCGCGAAAUAUUUGGACAGUUGCCACAUCAAUUUGUACGACCGAUAGAAUUACAACAUGUGGCUAUACAUGGAGCUAGUGAUGGUAUAUACGCUACUGUCAUCAGAAAAAUCGAUUACUUAUUUCGUAUGGACAACGAACGAGUAACUAUUAACGAAUAUAUGGAAUCUCCUGAACUGUUUUCAUCCGGUUUCGCUAAUGGCUUUGCGCCAUGGGCUUCUGUAAUAGUUAACUGUGCUACUCGGAAACCUGGUGACCCCGUACUGCUAUCGGCCAAUGAUCUGCGGGAAUUGACAUGCCCGGAUGCUCAGCCGACGGAAGGUCUGCCCUAUCGUCUAUUAGCAAUAACUGACAUAGAUCGCGACUGUCAAGGAUCAUUCGAAUUCGCGAAAGACUUCACGGACAUGGGGCAACCUUUUUGUCGAUUUAUUGUAAACAAAGAUGGUGGUAUUGAGAAACAAACUGGAUUUUCAGGCGAUGGAGUUAUAUUUUCUGCUAUUCCAUACUUGUCGAACCAAAUACCGAGAGAGGCAUCAAUAGAAUUCGGAGAACAACUGUUGCGGUAUAUUGAAGAAUUGGGCAUGAUGGACGCUACCGCUCCACUUCGUGAAGACGAGUUAUCACGCACCGUACGGGAUGCAAUUAUCUGUUCCAAUGGUUCUCUAACGCCAAAAUACAAAUACAUUGAAGAGCUGAGAAAGAAUGUGAAUUAUUAG